AUGAAAUUUUGGAACAGCGUUGGGCAUAAUCUCAUAACCGUUGGGUUCCAUGUGGCUAUGGGUUCCAAUGAGCUCAUGGGUCCCACAACGGCACUCACUGCCCAAGCUAAACCUAACAAGCCCAAACCAAGGCCAUCUACACAGUCACAGUGGUCGUCUCCUCCACCAAAUACCUCUUGGUCUGUGUCGCCGCAACAACAGUACACCUCUCUCUCGCAGAAUCCACCUCGUCAGCAAAAUCACUACACUGUGUCGCAGGCGCACACCAUGAACACAGGCCCUUCCAAACGUCAUUACUUACUUGAUAGUGGAGCCACACAUCAUGUCACUACGGAUCUAAACAAUCUUUCUGUAUACCACCCCUACACUGGUCCUCACUCGCUAUUUGUGGGUGAUGGUUCAGGUUUGCACAUUUCUCAUUCUGGUACUCUUAAGCUUCAUGAUAUCUCUUUGCCUAAUGUCUUAUGUGUCCCUUCCAUGAAACAAAAUGUUCUUUCAGUUUCCAAACUAACCAAAGAAACCAAUUCUGCCCUUAUUUUCUUACCUGAUUAUUUUGUUAUGAAGGAUCUCCAAACCGGCCACACGAAGCUUAAAGGACCAUGUGUUAAUGAUGUCUACAUUUGGCCAUCGUCAUCUUCAUCUGUCAACCAUCUUUAA